AGCAAACAGUUUCAAGAACACAAACGAAUAGAUCAAAAUAAGUUAUUGCAACAUUUUUUGAUGUAUUUUUUUUCUUCCGAUAAACAUAUCUCUUAGAGUUUCUAUUUAUUAAACACAAUAUUAGCAAUAAAAUUUGGAAAAAAUGGAUUUUUUAAAUGAUAUUUUUGGUAAAAAACCAACGCUCAAAGAGCAACAACGUGAGAAUGAUCGGGCACUAAGAAAAGCUGGCCGUGAGAUUGAAAGAGAACGGCGAAAGUUGGAUGAUGAAGAAAAGAAAAUUGAAGCCGAGAUAAAGAGAAGCGCAAAGGAGGGAAACAAAGAUGCGUGUACUUUGUUGGCUAAGCAGUUGAUUCAAGUACGAAAACAGAAGAAUCGCACCUAUGCAGCAAACAGUAAAAUUUCCAGCGUUGGUUUUCAGAAUAAGGCAAUGGGCGCUAAUGUAGCGAUAACCGGAGCCAUGGCAACCACGUCCAAGACAAUGGGUGAAAUGAACAAGAUUAUGCGACCAGAGAAGAUUGCCGGCGAUAUGAGAGCAUUCCAACAGGCGAACAUGAAGAUGGAAAUGACCGAUGAAAUGAUCAAUGAGACACUUGAUGACAUGCUCGAGGAGUCGGGUGAUGAAGAGGAAACCAACGGAAUUGUUAAUAAAGUGCUUGAUGAAAUCGGUAUCGAAAUUUCUGGCAAGAUGCACGAUGCACCGAACGCAGUUAAGGAUAGCCUUGGCAACUCGUCCAAACUCACCGAAAAAGACAUCGAAGCCCAAUUGGCCAAGCUAAGAUCAACGUGAUCGUUCAAAUUGAUCAACAUCUUAUGAUUGGAGAGAUUUUUUUUCAAUUUUUUCUAGAAUAAAGUCAAACACA